CACGUGCCCGCCUCCUUUCAUCCUCGGCAGUCGGCACUCCCGAGUCCCCCACACCGCCGUGUUCCCCUCUCUUGUCAGUUGUCCCUUCCCCCACUUCCCUUUCCUUCCCGAAGAGACGGGCGCAGACGGCAGAGCCACCAUGGCCAUGGAGGACGCCGCCUCGGAGAGCAGCGACUGGGAGGUGCUCUCUGCCACCUCCGCCUGCGGGGGCGGCGACGACGAUGAGGUAUUAAUCGUCUCUGGCGGGGGCGGCGACGUCGUCCUCGACCACUUCGCUCUCACCCCCGACACCGCAGCCGCCUGGCCUGGCGACGGCGAGGGCUCGUGGUCGGACGACCGGGGCGCCUGGCAAGGAUUAGAAUUAUUGGAUGGGUUCGAUCCGAUUCCGGAAGCAAGUUUCAAUCUUGCAGCUGGUGUUUGGAACCAGCCGCUGCUGAUAAGCGGCGUGGAUGACGCCCGCGAAGGGGCGCGCAGUGCGACCCGCAGCGCAGAUGGAAAUCAAGAGGAGGUGGUAGCCGCUGAGAUUCAGCAGGAGAGUAAUUCUGUGUUUAGCCGCGGUGAAUUGCGCCCGGUGCUGCAGCCGGCGUAUCAUGGCGUGGGAGAAACUCUGGAUUCUGAUGCAGCUACACGUACAGGUGCCUCGCUCCAGGGUGAGGUAUCGGAGAGUUCCCUUGUGCGAUUGGAUGGAGGAAUUGGUACUGGUGUAGAAAGAUCGUGCCUUGAAGAUGCUGUGUCAAGUGAUGAGAUCCAUGGUGAACAAGAAGAGCAGGAACAAGGGAGCAAGGUUAAUGCUGCCACUGGUUGCGAUGAACCAGAUGGAGAGGUCAAGGAUGGUGCUCUGCCUCUGGCUCACACGGCAGGUACUGAAGAGGGGGAGAAGCAAUUUGUUGUCUGGUGGAAGCUGCCGUUCAAGCUGCUGCACUACUGUGCUUGGAAGGUGAAGCCGGUAUGGUCCUUCUCCAUCGCCGCAGCACUUCUUGGCCUGGUCGUGCUGGGGAGGAGGAUGUACAGAAUGAAGCGCAAGGCAAGGGGCUUGCCCCAGAUUAAGAUUGCGUUUGAUGAUAAGAGGGCCUCCCAAUUUGCUGAUCGCGCGGCAUAUCUCAAGGAAGCCUUCCUGGUAGCUAGACGUGUACCUAUGCUGAGAACAUCAUCUGGUGCUACGCUUCCAUGGUCAAUGGUUCAGGAGAGAUGAGUGAAGCUGCUCAAAGCUCCAUUCUGGAUGGUGUACAUCAGUACGAGCAUCUGAUUUGGCUUUGUCUAUAACCUUUUGUUUUAGAUGACGCGUCAAGGAGGAUUCCAAUGUUGAUGUCAGUGGUCUCUCUUUCUCGAUCUUCUCCAUUUUUACUUUACCUUAUCUUUCUUUUUUAAGGAACCACUUCUUGUGCUCCUGAUUUCCUUUUUUUUCUUUGCCCUUACUCUGUUUAGUCCGUGGUUAGUAGUGGUGUCCUAAAUUUAUCGUUCGUACAGACGUGCUCUUUUCUUUAUCUUGUUAAUUUAGAUGCUAGUUGUUGACGCUG